AUGGACCAGAACAUCACCUACCAGCACCUUCUUGAGAUCGACAUCACCUUCAACAACCUCUUGCCCCUGUACAACAGUCGGCUGCUGAAGGCUUAUGCUUCCUUAGACGCCCGUGUGGCCAAGCUGGGGCGCCUGGUGAAGUUUUGGGCGAAGCAGCGACAAGUGAACGAAGCCUUGGAGGGGACUUUGUCCUCCUAUUCUCACUGCAUCCUGCUGAUUAAUUUUUUACAGCGCAAGAACAUUUUGCCCAUCCUGCAAGAGAAGAACGAGUUGGAAGCCUUUGCGCGAGAUGAAAUGUUCGAUGGCAUACAUGAUGUGUGGUUUUUGGAUCCCUCCAAAGAGUUGACCUGCGAGAGCGCGGAGUGGCAGACCUGGGCGAUGAAUCGACCCAAGGAGGCGACCCUGCGAGGCCUCUUGACCGGCUACUUCCGAGACUUGGCCUAUUCGCUGAAAGCGCACUCCUCUGUGGCCAGCAUUCGCUUCAGAGGACACCUUCAUAAGGAGGACUACUUCCGACGGAUGCUGCAGAGGAAGAAGGAGCUUGAAGUGAAGGUACCCCUUGUGGUCGAGUGCGAGGAGGCUGAGGCGGGUCCUGAAGUCCCAGAGGAGGCAGAGGAGGCGGAGGCCCACGAGGACGUCCCCGACGACGACGAGGCGGAUGCAGCGGUCGACGCGGCGGAGGCCGACCCAACCGCGGCCGUGGAGGUGGCGGAGACGCCGCCUUUGGGCCCUGUGAAGGUCGAGGACUUCGAGCCACCAGCCUUGAAGUACAAGCUUCCAGCAGAAGAACAUGAGCUGCAGCAAGCCAUGUCCCAGCGGCAAGUGCUUUGCAUCGACGAUCCCAUGGAGCUGGGACGCUCCUUAGGCGCCUCCUUUCAGGGCUUCGAACGGCUUUGCUUCGAAUGGCGCCGAGCCUUUCAUCAUUUGACGCGGUAUCCAGAGUGCACCGCAGAUCAAGAUCUGUCGCAUUUGCGUGAGCUCUUCUGCGAGUCCAAUGUGAAGGCAAUUUUUCAACUCGAGAGGCAUCGGAAUUUUGCAAACCUCGUGGAGAAAAGCACCGAUCGCCCCAGUCGCUCCAAUAAGAUCCCCUGGGCUCCAGGUUCACCCUAUGGUGGAAAGAGCUGGACGGGCUCGACAGGACGCAGCUGGCACAAUGGGGCUGCCUGGAGAGGAGAGGGAAGGAAAGGAAAAGGAUAUGAAGAAAGAGGAGAGAAAGGAGAAUCGAAGGGUGAGCAAGGUGAGACGAAAGGCGACACGAAGGGCAGCAGUUUCUACCCUGAGCCCAAAGGUGAAUCCAAGGGUCACAGUUUCUACGACAACAAAAGUGACUCAAAAGGCAGGAGCUUCUACGGCUGGGGUGGCGAGGUUGGCCGAGAAGGGAAAGGGGCCGCACAGACUACGCAUGCCCGCGCAAGCGGAAAACAGGGUGGAGGAAAUCAUGAGCGCGCAGAAGGCAAAGGAUUGUGGCAGUAG